CUGUUGGCGGUCACUGGAACCAGAACGCUGACAAGCGCUCCACACGAUUCGGCUCAGUCUGUGUUGCGAAGUCAAAGAGUGCACAACGUCACGAACAGCUGAUACCCGGAUACCUCGCCAGAAAUGUCACGAAAGUAUUGUGUUCGGUGAUCAUGAAUAUUCUGAAAUAGUUGUUUUUGUGUGAAAAAGUGCUGUGAUUAUUGUUCCAACGCAAGGAUUUCAUUUGUGGAUUUGUAGGAUAAGUUUUCUGCUCGUUAUGAUUGCGUCAAAUGGAAACCAGUAUAUCAGACCGGAGUACCUGACUCCUCUGCCUACAACAUUGGAUGCGAAGAAGAGCCCCCUGGCGCUGCUGGCUCAGACCUGCAGCCAAAUUGGAGCGGACACUCCUGGAGGUAAAUCGCUGCUGCCGCCACUCGACAAAACUAAGAAAACCGAAUCAAGGGACAAAAUCUCACCUUCGUCUUCAGUUAGCAGUUGUUCACCCAACACUACCAAGUCGAGCUUCAAACCGUACGAGUUGCAGCCGUACAAGGAGCAGCAGGAUGAGAGGGUGGCCAGCCGCGUGAGGACGCCGCUGAAGACGCCGACGCCAGCUCAGAACGGCGCCCGCUGUCCUAGCAACCAGAGCGCCGGCUCACCGCGAGCCUCGCCCGGCAGCCGCAAGACUCCCACUGCUACCAACCAGGAUGCCAAAGGAACCACCGUCGUCGAGAACGGACCGUCCUCCUCGUCUUCAUCUAGUCCCUCUAAGGUGGAAGUCACCAAGUUACCGACAGUCACCACCUCAGCCCCAAGCUACCUGAACGGCUACCCUGGUCCAUCUCCACUGGAUGUGAUGGCCUCCAGUCUGCUCAGUCACCCCCUGAAGGCAGCCUCCGUCAACCCCUACUUGAACUAUUCUCGACUGAAGGCCGGCGAAGGUUUGGUGCCCCCCGUGUGCCGGGACCCCUACUGCACUGGCUGCCAACUCAACUCACACCUUCUGGCAGCGAGUGGCAAGGGGGGUGCCCCCUGCCCCGCCGGCUGCACCCAGUGUGAUGGAAAGUCGGGCUUCCUGCCUCACAGCUCAGCUGUAGCAGCCGCUUAUGCGCAUGCGCAACUCGCAGCUCUGGCUGCUGCCUCUCAACUACCCUACGUCUGUUCUUGGAUUGCUGGUGAUGCGGCUUAUUGUGGAAAACGCUUCUCCACUUCCGAGGAGCUUCUCCAGCACCUCCGCACGCACACAUCAGACUCACUGCUCACGUCACCAUCUGCAGGAGUCUUGCAUCGCACCUAUCCGACCCCCCCUCUCAGCCCCCUAUCCAGUCCCCGCUAUCACCCCUAUGGAAAACCGCCUCUUCUACCGCCUUCGCUGAGCUCUGCCUUUCCUCUUCAUCCCCAUCCUGGACUUCCUCCCUACUUCUCGCCAUACUCGUUGUAUGGUCCUCGCUUAGGAGCAUCUCCCGGCAUGCAUCCAUAAGACUGUGAUCACUUGUAGUUGUUAAACGCUUUCUAUUUGUUUUGUGUGGAGUCCUAUCUGUACACGCUGCAAGCCUUCAUUCGAAUGCCAAUCUGGCUGACUGUUUUAAUAUUUGAUUCCAUUUUGUCUUGCAGAGACAAAGUUGUCUAUGGUGUGACCCGCAUGUCAUCAUAAUCAUUACUUUAACGUUAUACAAUAUGUAUCUCAACGUUAUGAGUGGAAAAUACAAAAAUAUGCUCAUUUUCCAAGUAGUUUCUUGAAUUUUGAACCACAAAUCCAUUAUUAUCUAUCAACAGUAAUUCUGAUGCCAUCAUAAUAAAGAAUGAUUUGUUACUAAAAUGUGUACAUAAAAAUAAUUAAUAAGAAUAUUCAUGCUCUAGGUUUUCAUGAGUUAUUUGUAUAAAUUGUAGAUCUGUCUAUAUUUUUAAAUGUAAUUAAUAGUGUAUUUGAUGCGAGUUAGUGUAUGAAAUGAUGAGAAUCAUGUUGUAGCCAAAGUUUUAUUAAUGUCUUCUAGGUUCGUCGCAAAAAACCUAAGAGCUGAUUAUUGAUCUAAAGUUAUUUCUUAUUGUUACCUCUACGUUCGCCCUCCCAUAUUUGCAAAUCCAUUUGUUGUAGAAUACCUAUGAACUGCAACGUUUUCUGUAAGAGCUCAUUAUAAAUUGAUUUAUGCUUAUUUAAACUAUCAAAAUACUAAAUCGUUUGACGUUCUCUUAUAUUAUUGAGAAUACUUCACAUAAGUAAGGUUAAUGUAUGUUUUAAUAGAAUCUCAAUUAUUCUUGUAAUAUGUUAGUUUUAAUGUUGUUAAUGAAUUAAUCUAGUGUGCAAUAGAAAUAUCUAUGAAUAAAUAUUCUGUUGAUCUUUACAAUAUUGAAAUAGGAAGCUAUAACAAGUAAUUUUGUUCAAGUAAGUUUCCACUUUUACCAGUGUAUUAUGUCUUCUAUCCACCUUUCCAAUUGCUGCAAUUUUUUCUGUAAGUAAUCUUCGACGCCCACUUCCUAUUCAAUCGAGACCUGUGCUUAUUCUAUAGUGUCCAAAGUUGAAUUUGAAAACUAUUUCAUUACUCGUACAUUCAUGAAAUGCAUCUGUUUAUCAAUAUGACACUUAUAUUAUAAUAUAUAUUAUAAGCCAUUUAAUUUCCUGAUCCGUCUAUGUUAUAUAAGUUAUUGGUGAUAAAAUUUCAAAAAUUUGUUCAAUAAAGUUAUUAUAAUUGAA